AUGGCCCCCAAGAAGAACCGCCUCGGACUCCGGCCCAGCCCAGUCCCAGUCCCAGUCCCAGCCGCCCCGGCCCCGGCCCCACCAGCCCUCAUCAAUACCCCGGAGGGGGUGAAGACCACCGUCCCGGUCUCCGUCAAGGAGAAGGCGGUCCUGCUGCGGGCGGCGGUGCGGGCGGCGGGCCCUCCCCGGGCCCAAAAGCGCAAGGCCGAGGCCGAGGCCGAGGAGAAGGAAGAAGACGAGGAGGAACAGGCCGAGAAGAAGCUCGAUGGGCCACAGAGACGUGCAGAAGGGUUGUGGAAUGAGAAUUGA